CCGUCAGUCGGGUGGGUCACCAUUUGCCGGUCAUUAAUAAAACUCUUCCGGCGGACUGAUUUAGCCGCGCUUUCGCGCCGAAACUUCUCCAUUCAUUAUUAUUAUGACUCCUCUUUUGUGAAUUACCUAGCGUCCGCGGUAGCUCGCUAAUUUCACGUCCAACGCGCCGUAUCGUCCGUGCAUAAUCCCGAGUCGGGACUUUGAACGAGCGCGAAGGACAUGCGCCGUGGGGACGCAUUCGCGCUAUCUCGUAAUUCGCCUCUGCUUUCAUCGACAUCGACCGACGACGACACGACUUUCUCGAUUGCUCCCGCUUUGUUUAUUAGUCCGUUAACCGUCGUAUCGGAAAUCAAUGUAUUAUUUAUUCUGUGUACAAGCGUAAAUGAUAGCGCUCUCCGCAAGAAAUUGCCGUGACUUUAUCAAAUGUGCGCUUGACGCAAUAUCCUCGAGGAUGUCGAAGCCGGUGGAUGCCGGAUCAUCGAGAUCCGAGCCUGGAGCGAGCCGACACGGCAACUUCAUCGACUACUAUCGCUUCCAUCCGGCGGAGGAGCGCAUGCGCCAAAUUCCGGAAGCGAUCUACGAGUCGGCGGGACCCUCCCCGAUGUUCGUCGCCUUGGACAUUGGCUGUAAUACUGGGGAUCUAACGCUCGAACUCUACAAAUUCUUGAGCAAAAAUCUUCCGGAGCGAAAAAUUUCAAUUAUUGGAAUUGAUCUCGAUCCAGUUCUAAUCGAACGGGCACAGGAAAAAAAUGAUCAAUUUGAAUCGGUGACUUUUGUUUGCAUUGAUUUCUUCUCCAAUGAUCGUGAAAAUGUUCUAUCAUCUUAUUUGAGCGAACGUCAUAAGAAACGCUUUGACGCCAGCUUUUGCUUCUCGAUAACGAUGUGGAUCCACCUGAACAAGGGUGACGCGGGCUUGGAGCUCUUCCUUCGGGACGUCUGCUCCUGCAGCGAGGUAGUGCUGGUCGAGCCGCAGCCUUGGCGUUGCUAUCGAAGCGCCGCGCGCCGCUUGAGACGAGCCAACCUCGGGGACUUCCCCCUCCUGGAAGGCCUUGAGUAUCGGGACGAGGUGCAACGGCACAUUGAAAAGAUCCUGAGGGAUCAGUGCAAGUUCCGAAGGCUUCACGUGUCCGAGAAGAACGAAUGGCAAAGAAGGUUGAUACUGUACAAGAGAUGCCACGAUGAACGGACGCACGAAGACUCGGCGUGACGUAAUUUUCCGACACUGGAGACUCUCGGUGCAGAAGCAUCUUUCAUUGAAUUUUUUUGGCUUACGUAGGUUCGUCGAAUAAGGCGAAUAAAUAUCUUCCCGACUCGAUGACACCUGUAAACAAGAUCACUUU